AUGGCACACAACUGGAAAAGGCGGCUGCACAAAAACUACCAGCAAGUCUUGGCUCUGGAGUUUGCUGUGGAGGAGAUCAACAGGGACCCUUACUUGCUUCCCAAUGUUACCUUGGGAAUUCACCUCCACAACACCUACCAUAGUGAUGCCAGGACCUUGGAGAGCUCCCUGAGGUGGCUGUCAGGGAAAAGUCAGACCAUCCCUAAUUACACCUGUGAGGAGAAGUACAAGUCUGUGGCUCUCAUUGGAGGGGCCACAUCUGCAUUGUCGGUCCAAAUGGGGAUGCUCUUGGAACUCUACAAGUUCCCACAGAUUUCCUAUGGUCCAUUUGACCCCAGCUUGAGUGACAAGGUCCAGUUUCCUUCACUCUAUCAAAUGGCCCCUCAGGAUUCUUCCCUGCACGUAGCCAUUGUCCGGCUGCUGUUGCAUUUUGAUUGGACAUGGGUGGGACUGAUUGCUCCAGAUGACAUGAGAGGAGAAAAAUUCCUUGGGGAUAUGAGAGAAGAGAUGAGACGGCACAAAACCUGUGCAGCCUUCACAGAGAAGAUCUCUGUCAGUGACAGACGCCAUGCAGACAUGUAUGUUGCUAUUUUACUAAGGAUUGCAGAAUCAUCUGCCAAAGUGUUUGUGGUCCAUGGUGAUGCUGAUUCAUUAAUGAUCCUAAAGAAUUCAGUUCCUUUUUUUCAUGUGACAUGGAAGCUCUGGAUCAUUACUGCUUACUGGGAUGUCACCAUGACACCUCAUAAACAUCUGGGUGACUCAUUUCAUGGGGCUUUAUUAUUUUUACAUCAAACACACGUGAUUCCUGGUUUCAAGACUUUUCUGAGGACAGUUAACCCUGCUAAAUAUCCUGAGGACAGUUUCCUUCAGAGUUUCUGGUCUUCAUUUUAUGAGUGCCCAUUGGAAACCACAGAACCAGCACAAGAAGCAUGUUCCCCAAAUGCCUCCUUGGAGAUGUUACCUCUGAAAUAUUUUGACAUGGUGGCAUCUGGCAGGAGUUACACCAUCUACAAUGCUGUCUAUGCUGUGGCCUGGUCCCUCCAUGAAAUGCUCCUUAGCUUGGAGAUGGGAUCUAUGGAGGAUAUAAAGAACCUUGUCUCUCAACCAUGGCAGCUCCACUCCUUCCUGAGAAGCAUCCAGUUCAACAACACUGUUGGUGACCAGGUGGUUUUGGAUGAAGAAAGAAACCCUAUGGCCAGAUAUGACAUCAUGAACUACUUGAUCUUGCCUAAUGAAACUGAAGUUCUGGUGAAAGUGGGGCAGUUUAUACCCCAGGCCCCACCUGAUCAAGUUUUCUCUAUUUGUGAGAUGGUGAUACAGUGGAGCUCAUUUGAUGAAAAGGUUUUCAAUUCUGUGUGCACUGAGCUCUGUAGUUCUGGAUUCAAGAAAAUUGUUCGGGAGGGAGAGCCUAUCUGCUGCUUUGAUUGUGCCCAGUGCUCAGAGGGAGAAAUUUCCAGUAAAAAGGAACCUGACCACUGUGUGAAGUGCCCAGAUCAUCAGUAUCCGAAUCAAGAGAGAGAUCUCUGCCUUCCUAAGAUAGUAAGCUUUCUUGCCUAUGAAGACCCUCUGGGAUUAUCUCUAGCCUGUACAGCUGUUUCCUUCUCCUUCAUCACCAUGGUGAUUCUCUUGGUCUUUGUGAAGUUUCAGGACACUCCUAUUGUCAAAGCCAAUAACCGGGACCUCAGCUACACUCUCCUCAUCUCCUUGACUCUCUGUUUCCUAUGCUCUUUGCUCUUCAUUGGCCAGCCUACCACUGCAAUCUGUCUUCUUCAGCAAACAACAUUUGGAAUCGUGUUCACUGUGGCUCUUUCCUCAAUCCUGGCCAAAACGAUGACUGUGAUUCUGGCCUUUAAGGUUACAAGACCAGGGAGCAGGAUUAGAAGGUGGGUCCAGCCUAGAAUGUCCAACUCUCUUGUCCUCAUCUGCUCUAUGAUCCAAGUGACAAUCUGUGGCAUUUGGCUGGGGGCCUCUCCCCCUUUCCCAGACACAGACAUCCUAUCUGAACCUGGCCACAUUAUCAUUGAGUGUAAGGAAGGCUCUGUCAUUGCCUUCUACUGUGUCCUGGGCUACAUGGGUGUCCUGGCUCUGGGGAGCUUCAUGGUGUCUUUCCUGGCCAGAAACCUCCCUGACACCUUCAAUGAAGCCAAGUUCAUCACUUUCAGCAUGCUGGUGUUCUGCAGUGUCUGGAUCUCCUUCCUCCCCACAUACCAGAGCACCAAGGGCAAGGCCAUGGUGGCUGUGGAGAUCUUUGCCAUCUUGGCCUCCAGUGCUGGCUUAUUAGGCUGCAUCUUUAUGCCCAAGUGCUACGUCAUCCUUCUGAAGCCACACAUGAACACUCUGGAAUGGAUAAAGAAUAAAGGAGAUUCUAGAGCCAGGAAUCAUUCUUAA